GUUCGGGGGAGGAUCAUUUGUUAUCUCCUAACUGUAGCGUUGUUGCUCGCCCAAAACUAGCUUGUUUAUCAUGAAUAAUGGCGAUUUCUCAGCCGGUCGGGGAGACGUGCCGGUGGUUUUUGAUAAAGUCGACAUGUCUUUGGAUGACAUUAUUCGGUUGAACAAGAAAGAGAAACAGUUCAAGUGGCGACAGGCCAACAUGAAGCGAAAACCAUUCAAGAAGAAAGGCCUUUUGAGCCAAGGAAGUGGAGUCUCUCAGAGGACGCCGGGAACGGCGCAGAGAGGAGGAGGCGUGGCACGAGGGGGCGCGGCGGCUAUAAUAAGAAACAGACGAAUCCCACCAUUUACGGGUCGAAGACGGGGUCAAGGGGUCAUCACAGGACUGGCAGCCAGGAGGCCAGGAACCAUAGCGAGACGAGCUGGGACUCUCAACAGAGCUGCACUCAACCAGAAAACAAGACAGAAAACAAAGCCCUUCUUUCAGCGGGCCGAGGCCCAGUCCAGGAGGCCCGACCCUCAGAGGAGGCUUUACCAGCAGCCGGACUCACUAAGGGGCCAGAAUGCAGCGUCGUUUGGGAGACCUUUCCAACUGCAGCGGAGACCGUUGCCGUCUGUCCAGCAGAGCCAGAGGGAGGCGCGGCAGGCCACGUUCCUCUAUCGCCGGGGACUCAAGGUCCAAGCUCAAUUGCAGAAGCCAAACCCCCUCUCUCCUCCAGUCAGAACGCGGCAGUGGCGCACAUCGACAGCAGGUAGUGGGAUCUUGACUGUUUCAAUUGACAACCCUACAGCCCGGACUCAGCCGGAGCCCCCCACCGCCUGGACCCUGCAUCCUCCUGCGGCCCCUGCAGCUCCCGUGAAGCCGGAAACGGUUGAGAAAAAAAUCCCUAAAGGGGUCCCUCUGCAGUUUGACAUCAACAGCGUGGGGAAGCCGCAAACGUCCAUGACGCUGAACGAGCGCUUCCGCAUCCUGAAAGACCAGCGCGCCGCCACGGCACAAGCCGUCAAAGGCAGCAGAUUUGUCACCGUGGGUUAGGUUGCUCUGAAAAGCUUCGUUGAAUUCUGCCAAUCUCACCUGGUGGGCGGGACAGCCAACCCGCCCACCUUACUAGAUGACGGAGACUCACCUGUGUGAUGAGCGAGCAGGACCUGCACAACAGUUCAGCUGUGAGGAGCGUACACGUUUUGGGAGCAGAAAGCCUCCCACCCAUCGUCCGUGCCGUCGUACCGAGCUGUUUGUACACCAGGAGUUUUUCUAUUCAGACUGUUAACACCAUGAAGUUUUUUGUUUGUUUGUUUUUUUGUUUUCAGAGGGAACCGCUAUGUAUUUGCUAAAAUGGAGUUUAUUCAGUCCUUUUUUUUUAACUUUUGAAAGUUUUGUAAUUUCAAAUAAAGUUUCCUCAAAUCUGA